AUGGUAUAUCAGAAGAAAUUGCCUAAAUCUUCAAGCUUUUUCACACUUUCAUCCAUGGUGAGGACACGAGCAACUAUCUCGGCUACUUCCACCAAUCCCGUGGUCGAUGCCCCUGCUCCAAUCGAUCCCCAACCAUCUCAGACUUCAGCUGAUAACAACAACAAUCGAGCUCAGUCACCAGCUCCUCCACCUGUUCAACAAACUCAACCUGAUCACCAUCCGGGGCUCGUUCUUGCUUCUCCAAUUCUUACAGAUCGAAACUCUCAACCAUGGCACAGAGACUUCAAGAUCUCCAUUGGAGCCCGCAAUAAAACUCCAUUUCUUGAAGGUACACUCCCUCAACCCCCUCCUAAUGAUUCUCUCUUUGGUUCUUGGAUCCGAUGUAACCAAAUGGUUAUGUCUUGGAUCUUACAUUCGGUCUCACCUGAGAUCAAAAGCAGCAUCAUGUACCUUGACACUGUUGCUGAGAUGUGGACAGAUGAAAUUCAUCAAUUGAGGCCAAAACUUCCCUGCACUUGUGCUGCAGCAACUCAAUCCCAAGAUCAUACUAACCAUGAUCAAGUCCUUCAGUUUCUUAAAGGACUUAAUGAAAGUUACCAUGCUGUCUGUGACCAGAUAUUACUCCUUGACCCUUGUCCCCCUCUCAACAAAGUUUUUUCAAUGACUGUCCAUCAAGAACGCCAAAGAACCAUUGGCCAUCGAACCAUCCCCACCUUUGCUGCCACUGCUACUUCCACACCAACAGCCAACAACACAGAUCCUGCCCCUACUUCUAAUCAGACUUCAAUUAAGAAACAAAAAGCCUCGUCCAAUGUGUACCCACUGUAA